AUGGACGAAAGACCAAGAGUACCUCCUCCGAUUUAUUUGAGAAGUAGUAGUCCACAACCUCAAUCUGGAAGGGGUAGUUUGAGAAUACACGUUCCAGCUUGGGGUGUUGUAUUUGUUCGUCCUCCUCGUCAACUCGAACUUCAUCCUUCCGAAACAAACGUCAGAGAACCUCCAACGGAAGAUACAGUCCUUACCGGUACACUCGAAGUCAUUAUGAAAGAACGUCGUCGUUGUCAAACUAUUAGUGUAGGUGUACAAAGUGUUUGUCGUUUACAUAUGGGACCUAAAAGAGGUUGGGAAGAAGAUGGUAUUUUUGAACGUGGUGUAGAAGUUUUAGGUGGUAAUUCAGAAGGUAUUUGGUUAGAAAAAGGAAGUCAAUCAUUUUCUUUUUCUAUUCUUUUACCUGCUACUUUGGCGACACAUGAUCGACAUACACAUUGUCGAUUAUCAUACAUUCUCACCGCUCGUAUCGAAGGAAUACCAACUUCUUCUUCUUCUUUGAAUUAUUUCAAAAGAGAUUCAAGUCUCUCAAAAGAUAUAGAAUUUAAAUCUGAUUUCGAAAUUGUCAUCGCACGUUCAGAUCGUUUAGCCAUGGCUCGAUCAAAAUCUGGAGAAUCGUUUUCACCCAAUUUGGAUCCGAAUACACAAGAUGAUACAGCUAUAACAAUAGGAGAAGGAUCACCUUCUUUAACAGGAUUAUAUCAUCGUCAACAAUCAAAUGAUAUACAAAAUAUACCAACGUUGAAUUUAGGAAAGACUAAAAUGGAUGAUACUAGAAGUAUAAUGAGUGUCAAGAGUAAUAUGAGUGAUAAUGGUCAACGUACGGAGAAACAAGGUUGGUUAAAAGGUGAUAUGGUUACAAGUAGAAGUCUGAUAGUUUAUGCUAAUCCGAGUUCGACGGGGGAUGUUUCACAAUUGGAUUUGAGGAAAGAUGGUUUUGUGGAUGGUUUGGGGAGUUGGAUCUUUUCCGUUACUUCAGAUCAGUUCUCGAUCUCUUCCGUCCUCCUCCUUUCCGUCCACUUUCCAUCACCAUCACCAAAAGUCACCAUCUUUCUUCUUCGACUGCUCCUCUCUCAAUCCUAUUCAAUCAUCUCUCCUCGAACUCCAAACGACCCCCCGCACAUGCCAGAAGCUCCCAAGAAUCAUGUUUUGUACCAAGUGGGUCGGGCGCAUAAAUCAGGGGAGAGGUUUCCAAGUCAUGAAGUGAAUAGUCUAUGGAGAGGACCUGAAGCUGGUGGAAAUGUAAAGGUCUCAGAGGAAGGUUUGAAGAUACGUGCGAUUGCUAGAAUGCCUGAUCAUGAUAAAAUUCGACCGUCCACAAACGAAGGUACUAUCACCCCCAUCAGAGUCAACCAUGCCUUACUAUUGCAAGUCUUUUACUCUGUUAAUGGAGAAUCGAUCACAGGUGCUCCCAUAGAAGGUCCAGGAGAGUUGAGAAUGAUGCAGGUGAGGUUGGGAGUGAAUGUGCCUUCUUGCUGUUGCACAGCCAGUGCCCUCCAUCUGCCAGAUUACCAAACGGCCGAUGCCUCUCCUCGAACGAAUAUCGACGAGAUGCUCGCUUCGCCCCCAAGCAAGCAUUACUGCAUGUGUGGGUCAACAUUUGCCGAACUGAGCGAGGCUGCCAUGCAGCGUCAGCAAGCUGUCGAGCAGGACCAACACGGGGGGUAUCUUGGGGAUGAACGGGAGCGAAGUGGGAGGAAGUCCAAUGGUAAAGAAGAUGAGGCGAGGUUAUCUCGGUCGUCACCAGGUUGA